GCUGCAUGUUGCUGAUUAUGAACGAUUUCAUGGUGCAAACUCGGCGAUGGAGUGAGUUGGACACGCAGGGUAAGGCGUGAUCUGCCAGUUUCAGCUCCACGGUGUAAGAAAACUGUGUAAAGGAUUCAUCAGGACAAAUAAGAUAUAUUCACUGUGGUGGAUCAACAUAAUCAAGGUCACAGUUAGACUAAAUGCAAAAUUCUCUUUAGCUUUAAGAGGACCAGAUAUCUGAGUGCAUCAUGGAUUUUGUGAUGAAGCAAGCACUGGGCGGGGCCACCAAAGAUAUGGGGAAGAUGUUAGGAGGAGAAGAGGAGAAGGACCCAGAUGCCCAUAAGAAGGAGGAAGAGAGGCAGGAGGCCCUGAGACAACAAGAGGAGGAGCGAAAGGCCAAACAUGCUCGCAUGGAGGCGGAGAGGGAAAAGGUCAGACAGGCCAUUCGAGAUAAGUAUGGACUAAAGAAGAAAGAAGAGAAAGAAGCAGAGGAGAAAGCGGCUAUGGAGCAAGCUUGUGAGGGCUCCCUUACCCGCACCAAAAAGGCCAUUCCAGCUGGCUGCGGGGCAGAUGACGAGGAAGACGAGGAGAGCAUUCUAGACACCGUUCUCAAAUUCCUUCCUGGACCUCUGCAGGACAUGUUUAAAAAGUAACAGACACAAAGCUGUUUCUGAAGGAAGAUGGGUGAUGGGGGGAUUUUUGCCAAACAGGUGAAAGGCUUCUCGCGGCCUUGACGGAAUUUUAUUUUUGCCUUUCUACGAAUAGAAACACAAUUCAUAACCCAACAAACGUUUUGUCUUUUCACUUCCAUUCAGGUUCAAAUUGUUUACACUUUCUAUAAAUCUUUCUAUUUGUUUACUAAUGCAUCACCAGGGUCUCUGAUACUUUGAAAAUGAUCUGCCUUGGGUACUCAUCGAUCAGCCCCACACAAUUACAGCACAUUUCAAGAUGUUGAUAUUGAGCUCUGGCACUGGGUAUAUGAUGGUUCUUUUGUUUAAGUAACAUUUUAUUUAUUUAGCUAUCUUUUUUUCUUUUCUUUUGUAGACUCUCUAAUGAGAUGCAGAGAGGUUUAAGGGCACUUUAAAAGCAGCAGCUUGAUAUAAUUUUUCCUUUCUGCUCAUAAAACUUUGUCAGUGAAGUGUAGAAUGCAACUGUUUUGCAUCAGGUCAAGAUUCUACUAUAUGAGGAAAUGUGUGGGUUUUAUGUUGCUAAUGAUAUGAUAGCUGAUGAUGUAUUUACUUAGUUAUGCCAUUUUAGACCACUUGAAUGCUCAAAUGGUUUGCAGCCUGGCAGUUCACAUGUAUUGUUGUUUAGCUUUUUUAAAACACAAAUUUUUUUCUCAGUUUUUUAUUGUACUGUGAAAGUUUUUGACAUGACCACAAGUAAUAUUCACAUUAGCCUUGCCAGCAAUGAUACCAUAUCAGGAAAAGCAACAGUUUAUCUUUUUACAAACUGGACCAAAUCACUUGUACAUUUAAGAGUCAUUUAGAAUGAUUCAGGAUCUCAAAAACAAGAAUUUACAAAGAAUCUAGAGAAGUUUGUUCUUUUACGAAGUCACAGCACAUUUUCACUGCCAAAACAGAAGAACUGAUGUUUGAUUACUCACAAAUGACAAUCAGAAGCAAGUAUUGUAAAUCUUAGAUAGAAUAAAUAAUAAUAAUAAUAAUACAGCCGGUCUCAUAACAAAAAUAAAAAUGAAAAAAACUUGUUUGUAGAUUUUUGUGUCAAUGAUUGAUAAAUCUGAAAUGUUAUUUCAUGCAUAUGGACUUAAAACCUUGAAUAUUGGUAGAUAGUUUCACAAUAUGAGAAUGCCUACUGUACCUGUACCAUCAGAAUUGUUAAAAGAAAGACCUGGCUUUUAAUGUGCUUUUAGUACAAAGUAGGUAAUUGUAUAUGUUAAUGUAAAAAAAAAAGAAGCCUAAAUGUAAAAUAAUGCAUUUUAAGUGUUAUUGCCAAAUUUGAGAAAUUGUUUUAGCAGAUUUUUUCACAAAGAAUAAUUAAGAAAAGAAAGAUGCAUGAACUUCAAUCACAAUAGUAAAAACAUACCAAAGAGAGACUGAUCUUGAGCAAAUAUCAUAUGAACACAUCUAGUAAAAGUUAAAUGUACUGUACAAUGCUGAAAAAUCAUGUUAAAUUAUUUUUCAUAAUAACACUUUCUUACAUCUUAAAAACAACAAUCAUUCUUGCCUGCUGCGAAACAAAACUAUGAACAUGAUAAUAAGUUGCUUACAAAAAAUGCUAGCUCUUGUUUGGUCCAAAAUAUCCAUCUUAGUGCUGGUAAAGUCUGAUGUGGGGAUGCAAAUAGAAUCACUUAAGGCUUUUGUUAUUUGAAUUAUUAAUGUUUUUAAGCAUUGAGAAAACACUGCCAUUUGAUAAACACAUUGGACACUUAUUUCAGGGGAUGGUUAAAUGUUUACAUACCAGUUUAUUAGUACUGGGGUAAAGAGUCAAGCUCGUUUUGUAAAGUAAUGCUCAACUGGGGAUUGUAUUGCAUGAUAAAAAACUAAAUAUUACCCUAUAGAUAAGUUUUAAUUUUUUCCAUUACACAUAACUUAGUAGUUGUAUGUUUAAACUACGGUAGGAGAAAACUACAGGAAUGUAUCCAUACCCAUUAGGCUGGUUGUUCUGGUCAUAUUCCCUUUUAAGAUUGUGACGUUUAUUUAAAAAAUCUAAAAGUAAGAACAGAACGACAUACUUAAGAAUAACACAUCCUGUUAAUUUUAGCAGUACGGAAGUAAUAAUUUUUUUUAUAAUUAUUAUUAAAUUAUAAAGAAAGAAUGAGAUUGACUUUUUAAUAUGUGUAGUGCUGAAAGGUUUUUUCACUUGUCAAAGCCAUAUUGUUAGACUGCAAUAAUUAAUGAAAAAAUAAUACAUAGGUAAAUCACCUUGUAGUCAAGCAUCUGUUUUCCGUAAAAAAAAAAAAGCAUAAAAUGUUGAAAAAUGACAUUUGUCUUUAAACUCUUCAUUGUUCCUGUCAGAAUGUGUAUAUGCUGUACACAGACAUUUCUGUAGAAAGAGAAUCUUUUUAAAAGAUUGUAACUGUUGUAACAUCUUCUCUGUGUACUCUAUAUGUUCUCAAUGUAAGUGUGUUUUUAUGUGUGUCUGUACGUGUUUGUGCUGUUAUUUUAUGUCAUUGUUGAUGUCUCUUAAAUCGGACACUCAGAGCAGGCUGUGCACGCUGUCAUGGAGACGGUGGAGUCAAGAUGUGGGAGUUCUAAUGUUCAUGUAUGCAUGCAGAUGAACUUUGCAUUAAAUACCAAAACAGAACAUCAGGUUGUCACAUGUUUAUGUAUUACUGUCCCUGCAACAGAAGCUGCAUCCUUUAUCCAGGGCUCCAGGGCUUGGUUCCCAUCUGUUUAAUGGGAUAUUAUGAAUUUAUGAGGCCUAUCUUCAGGGUUUUAGCUACUGACAGAACUGAGUUAACAUUUUAAAAGAGAUGGAAUUGCUAAACUAGAGCAAUUUCUAGUCGGAUAUCCAUUGCAACUGAUCUCUGACAAAACAAAAAGUGAUAAUAUUAUAUAGUUGUACUUACAAUAUACCUCUUGACAUAUAUGGCCACAAUUCAAUUCUCAAAGAUCAUCCUUUCAUGAGACAGUCCACUUAAGUUAAUAUUCAACCUAACACACUUCUGUUUUGGGGGCCACUAUAUAAUUGGUUUAUUCACUCGCUUUAUAACAGUUUAGGUGUCAAUUCUCCUUUUAUUGAUACUUCCAUCUUUUCAUAUGUAUCCCAGUCACAUUUUGAUUAUUUUUUUCAUGUAAUGUUUUUACAUUAGCAUUACAUAAUAAACAACUGGGUAU